AACUACCGGAACAAUACUUACAAACUUGGCUUAAGGUUUGCCUUUGGGACGUGACGGAAGUAAAAUGGCUGAAAUAACGGCGAGAGUCUGCUGUUGUGACAGAACAUCAUACAACUUGAAUAUUAUCAAAUAAACGAGUUGAUAAUCCGUUUUAAAUACAUUAAAUACAUAUUAGUCGUUUUCAUAUAAACACUCAACCGGACAUAACCAUGUUGAACGACGUACCAAAACGAUUAACACGAAGCUCCGAAACAACUGAGGCUGAUGUACGCGAAGAUGAGGAACAGACGAAGAGAUUUCAAGAUAUUAUCGAUUUACUUGUCGCAGCAGGGUAUUUUCGAGCGAGGAUAAAGGGGUUGUCAAAUUUUGAUAAGGUAAUCGGUGGAAUGACCUGGUGCAUAGAAUCGUGUAAUUUCGAUAUAGAUAUCGAUUUACUUUUCUGUGAAAAUCUUACUAUAGGCCAAAAAAUAUCUUUAACUGAGAAAAUCGUGGUCAUGCUACUAAAAAUGAAUUGUCCACAUAGAAUAGAACCACAUCAAAUUCAAGGUUUAGAUUGCAUUCAUAUUUUUCCUGUCAUCCAGUGGCUGGUAAAACGUUCAAUGGAAACUCGAGAGGAAACGGCAGAUUUCGUACGAUCGUUUGCUUUAAAUCAAUUUCAUAAAAAGCAUUCUUUUGCCGAAGAUGCUGGUACAACGCAAACAGUCAAAGAAAACCUAACUAAAAACAUUCAGCUGGUCAAAAAAUCAUACGAACCACGACGUAUUUUUAAACAUAAAGAUGGUUCUAUCAGGGACGAAGUUAGUAGAUUUUUUGGUACUGUUCUGGAAUAUGAAGCGCCUUUAUAUUCUACAAAAAUUGCAGCUUCCCUAACGGAAACAUCUUCGAGUGACGUUAACGAAAACGAGAGUAAAGAAGAACUAAGGGAAAAGGAAAGUACGGAACAAUUAACAGGGAACUUAGCUGCCAUUGAAGAUAGCUCGGCUCGUUUAAGUGUAGCAGCAGUAGACAACAUUGUUGGCAUACAAGCUCAAGAAAUUGCCAAAAUAACCGAGAAAUAUGCAACAAUGUCGACUUCUGAAUCCGAGGAAAUUGGAGGCGCUUGUUCAACAACACUAACCGCAUUACAGAAACAGAGGACUGCGCUUAAAAAUCGACUUCGUAAAUUAAUAAAAGAAAGAGAUGCUUUAUCCGCUAAGCAUUCAGAAUUGACUGAAAAACUAAACGAAUCUAAUACAAAACGACAAGCUAUCGAGCGGUCAUUGAAAAAGGCACAAGAACUAGGAAUUAACGAAAACGACAGCGUCUACAAACGCCUAGAACAACUCCUUUUGGUGCAUGACGGUUUGAAGGAACAGGAACACAAUUUCCGGGAACAGUGUAAAUCCGAUUUAAAUCUUCUAAAAGGUAAAUUGCAAGGAACUGAAAGUAGUACUUCGGAAGAGGAAGAGGACCGUUUGAAGGAGUAUGAGCAACAAAAGGAGGCGGUCACAAAGGCUAGAUUGCAAUUAGCCAAAAAGAACAGGGCUAUCGCGUCCUUAACCAGACAAUUGGACGAUGUUCCUGGUCGUUCGGAACUUACGCAAUAUCAAAGGCGAUUUAUGGAACUGUAUAAUCAAGUUUCGGGAAAGCACAAAGAAACAAAACAAUAUUACACGUUGUACAAUACCCUCGACGAUACGAAACUUUAUUUAAGCAAGGAAUUAUCAUUACUGAAUUCGAUCCAAGAUAAUUAUAAUGAAGCAAUGGCAUCGACAAGCGGCAAAGAACAAUUUCUUAAGCAAUUCGAGGCGAUCGUUUCGGGCGUUAAGCGUAAUAAAGCAAAGGUGGAGAGACGAUGUGCCGACGAGAAAAACAGGAGGGAUGCACUCAGUCUGGAACUGGUCACUCUGAUAGAACAACAACGCAAAUACGUCGCUGCGGUCAGACAACUCACUAUUGAAUGUCGUAAAAAUGAGGCCUUGCUCGCGCAACUGCGUGAUACAUAUACGAGAGGGUAACUGGCGUUGUGGAAUUAAAGAAUGUUAUUUGAAGUGGGACCGUUCCUUUUCACCCUUGUAACUGUUAAUUUUCUAU